AUGGGCUGGCAUGCUCAAACCAACACCUUGUAUGCUGGUAGUGUAAAUCUUUACGGGGGACAAGUGUACCUUUGGCAAGGUGACAUACCUUCCACAUCCAUGUCAAACAAAAGCUGUAACCGCCGAUCGUGUAUGUUUCCCAAAAGGGCAAAUGCCUGCAUACGUAAGCUGAAACGGGAAAUGAUUCUCAGACAAUCACAGCGCGUAAACAAAGGCACGCUAGUGAAUAGCCAAUAUAGUCGCAAAAGACUAGUCAAUCUCUUCUUGUUCUCGAAGGAUCAGGUCAGGGUUUCUUGUGGCACAUUCUCUAAAAAGAAACCUCUUCUUCAGCGUGCCAGCACCCCCCCUCAACUUUUUUUUCACAAUUGCGUACAUACGUGUAGUAUUUCUCUAAGAAGAAGAACAUACUCAGUACAAUUUGGACAGCUCGUUACCGAUACUACCAAAACUAUGUUCUCUUUGGGUUUAUCGCACCCUGGAUUCUCGCUUUUACAGAUUAUACUGUAUCCUUUUCUUUCGGCGGUUAGCUAA